AUGGCUGAGGGUUACGAUACAAAUCGUUUUCAAGCAACUAUUGACGAAGGACUCACAUGCUCAAUCUGUCUUGGAGUUUUAAAAGUUCCAAUGCAAUGUGAAAACAACGAGCACUAUUUUUGUUCAGGUUGUAUCGGAAAACACUUAGAAAAAACCUCGCAAACUUGUCCAGUCUGUCAAGAGAAACUGACUGCCGAGACACUGCCCAAGGCACCAAGAAUUCUUGCAGAUCUCGUCUCGCGUUUGAAGAUCAAUUGCGACCAUGCAACAGCAGGUUGUGCUGCAGUUGUGGAGCUUACAGCACUACAGGCACACGUUCAGGACUGUGAUUUCAUGCCUGUCCAGUGUACAAACGAUGGUGAUUAA